UUGUCUCAAUAUAUCCGGGGGGAAACUUCAAAUUCUAUUACGAAAAGUUAAUUUCAAAAAUUGUGCUGUCUCUGGGGGACACACAUACAAAAUUGCAGAAAAAAUGCCCAGAAGAUGUUUACCAAAAUUAUACGUAAAUAUGGCAAUGUGUAUCUGAAGCACGGGUAUCCAAUCCAUACCAGUGGGGCACCACAGCGACCACUGCACAAUUGGGACCGGCGGAAUGCGGAGCACGAACAGCGACGGAAGGCCAUACCAAAGCUGGUGUAUCUGCACAAUCCGUGGAAGUAUCUGAUGACCAAAUUCAAUCUGUGGAAACUCAAGUUGCUGUGGGAUCCGAAAUUCUCUGAAUCGGAAUUCAUCGAGGGCUCCAAGCAGGCGGCCAUCGUCAUGACGGACACCAUUCGGCUGCAGAGCUCCGAGAAGAUCAGCGAGUACACGACGCCGGUCGGCUUCCAGCAGAUCACCCGCGACAUGCUGCUCUCCCGCGACGACAGUCGGCUGCAGUUGGUCCGCUUCCAGAAGGAGCACCUGCGUCGCGCCAUCCCCAUGAAGGUGGCGCGCCGCCAGAACUUUGGGCGGAAGUACGCCUUCAUCGAUAUGCUCUUUGUGGGGCUGCGCAACACUAGGGACUUUGAGUCCCCAUCGGAGGUGGUGCAGAUAAACGAGAUCCUGCGGCGGAUGGACAACGAGCUCAAGACCCCUCCUCAUGCGCUCUCCGUGCCGCAUCGCAUUGUCUUUGCCGAGAUUUUCAUACGCUUUCGGCGUGACUACACCGCGGAGGCCAGGCGCACCUUGGAGGCACAGCAUCCUAUGGCACCACCGGGCUACCCCUUCACCAAACAGUUAAAUUUUCCAUUCUCUCCGCAAGCGGCGCUCUCAAAAGGUAUCGACCCACAGUCAGAGGACCCGCCACUAAAACCACAAACAGCACAGGCGCUGAAGACGGGAUCCAUCCAGAAUCUGCCACGCUCGGACGAUCCCGGCUGGUCGGUGUCCUUCUAUAAGAUCCUUACCUUCGAUGUGCUGAACUAUGAUCCAGAGCGCAAGAGUAAAAGCUAGCCAAUUAAAAUGGAAUUCACU